UGAUUAAGUCUUAUUAGGAGUUUAACAGUGACUUAUGUAAAUUGUCAAGAUAAAAUAGAGUCACUAAUUACAAAGCUACUCCUUUUUUUGGAGAUUAAGACAGUUUUACUUUAAAGUUCUAGAUAUAGUAGUGAUAUUCCUUAUCAUAUAAAUCACUUGUUCACUUCUAAAUCAGUUAUUUGGGUCAAAAAUAAAAUUUCAUAUAGAAAUAGUUUCCAGUUUGAUGACUAAACUCUCAAGCUAGUCCACAAAGGCUCAUAAUGAGUACAUUUUGGCUUGAUUUCUGAAAAGGAUGAAGAAGAAAUGUACUUUUACUCUACUGAAUCUAGAGUGGGCCUAUAGUAUAUUUUUAAAAGAGAAGACACUUGCCCUUAGUCUUCCUCCCUCCCUUUUGCACUUACUUGGCCCUUGGUAUUUUCUUCCUACUUUUAUACCCCACCUAUACCUGCUCUACUUCCCCCUUCAAACACUCAUUUGUCCUAUUGUAUUUAUCUUAGCUAAGUGUUCAGAAGGAAGCCCUCCAUUGAAUUAAUUCAACUGCAAACUAAAUAAUAGCCUCAUCAUUUCUCAAAGAUCUUAAUAUGCAUAUAAUGUUAAAAUGUUUUAAGUGACAUGUGUAAGAGUGUAAGAGACAGGCUGUGGGAUAGGUGAACAAGUGGUAUGUAUAACUAGUUGGCUUGGGGCUUUCUCUCUAAAUAGAUCUUAAUUCUCACAACUUUUUCAUUUCUUCCACACACACCCCACUACCUCAGUAGGUUUUCUAAAAGUCCCCACAGUUUUUUGAAGUGGCAGGAUUUUAGCAAGAUAAGGGCAGAGGUGGUAGGAAUUGUGUGUUUGGGUUACCCGACAUUGGGUAUUGGGAAGAAUGGCUCUGUGGUGUUUUCUUCUCAGCCUCUCUUGUAGGAAGUUCUUGCCUUCUGGAUCUUUGUUGCAUCCAACUCUUUCCUUGUUUUCAUCACUGUUCUUUCCUUUCCUUACUUUUACAUAUGUGUUUCCUCCUUCCCUCAGGGAGGGAGCCCUCCAUCUCAAGUGACACUCGAACAGAUUCUUCAACGGAGAGUUAUCUCUACAGACACUCCCACCAUGAGUCUGUGGUCAGUCACUUCUCUUCUGAUUCUCAGGGGACAGUCAUCUGUAAUGUGGAGAAUGACUCCAUGUCCCAGAGCAGUCGGGACACAGGACACCUAACUGAUAGUGAAUGUAAUCAGAAACACACAUCCAAGAAAGGGUCCCUGAUAGAGCGCAAGAGGAGCUCUGGCCGUGUUAGGAGGAAGGGUGAUGAGCCCCAGGCCUCAGGGUACCACAGUGAAGGAGAAACACUAAAAGAGAAGCAGGCUCCUAGGAAUGCCUCCAAACCAACAGGCAGCACCAACAGGCUAAGGGAUUUUAAGGAGACAGUCAGCAAUAUGAUCCAUAACAGACCAUCCCUGGCUUCUCACACCAAUGUAGGAUCUCUCUGUGGGGGAAAGGGUGGAGACCAAUCUGAUAAAAAACCUCCUAAGAACCUGCCUUCACACACUCGUGACUGGGAAGUGGAGAGUACCAGCAGUGAAUCGAAAUCAAGUUCUUCCAGCAAGUAUCGCCCGACGUGGAGACCGAAACGAGAAUCUCUGAAUAUUGACAGUAUUUUUAGUAAGGACAAAAGGAAGCAUUGUGGUUAUACACAGCUUAGCCCCUUUUCUGAAGAUUCAGCUAAAGAAUUUACACCAGAUGAACUAAGGAAACCACCUGUUUACAACAUUAAAGCUGGUGGAUCAAGCUUCCAGCACAAGCCCUGGGGUCCAGCAUGGCCAGGCUCUCAUCUUUUAGAUCAGCAUCCACGCUUAAUCCAGAGAAUGGAAUCUGGCUAUGAAAGCAGUGAGAGGAACAGCAGCAGCCCUGUCAGCCUGGAUGUAGCACUGCCAGAGAGCUUGAACAUCUGCAGGGAUGUAAGUUCCAAGAAAUCAUCUGGGUUUGUCCCUUCUUGGCGUCAUAUUCCAAAGUCUCACAGCAGUAGCAUCCUGGAGGUAGAUUCCACAGCAUCCAUGAGUGGCUGGACAAAGACACAACCCCUCUCAGGUGGAGAGAUACCUUCUAAAAGUGAACUAGAUGAAUUGCAGGAAGAGGUGGCCAGGAGAGCUCAGGAACAGGAACUUCGAAGGAAACGGGAGAAGGAACUAGAGGCUGCUAAAGGGUUUAAUCCUCAUCCCAGCCGAUUCAUGGACUUGGAUGAACUGCAGAAUCAGGUGCUGGCCCUUUCAGGGAGGAGUGACGGCUUUGAGAGGGCCCUGCAAGAGGCAAAUUCAGUAUUUGAAGAGUCACUGCAUCUGGAACAAAAGGGAGACUGUGCUGCAGCUUUGGCUCUCUGUAACGAAGCUAUCUCUAAACUAAGACUUGCCCUGCAUGGUGCAAGCUGUAGCACGCACAGCAGAGCCUUAGUCGAUAAGAAGUUGCAAAUCUGUAUUCGAAAAGCACGGAGCCUGCAGGAUCGCAUGCAGCAGCAACAAUCAUCGCAGCCGCCGCCGCAGCCCUCAGCCUGCUUCCCAUCACAUGGGGGCGCCCUCCCUCAGCCAACAAGUGAACAGCCUGUCUCGCUCCAAGUAUUGUUAAGCCAGGAGGCCCAACUAGAACCCUGCACAGAUACAGAGUUUGGGGCCAGUUCUUCUUUCUUCCACUCACCUGCUUCUUGCCAUGCAUCACAUUCAUCACUAUUCCCAGAGUCAUCUGCCCCAUCAGCCCCACAGCACAACUCCCCCAGUAGAUCUGCCUCAAAGCUUCUGACUUCAGUUGAGAUGGAUAGCAUUGCCACCUCUGCAUUCCAAAGGCAAGGAUUACCUAAAAAAACAGGGAGGACUGACAAGAAUUCUCAUCAUGAACGCAUGGCAUUGGAUGCCCCUGUGAGUAAGCUGCAAGGCCGCAGGGAGGACAACAUUAAUUGUAACAGGUUUUUUCCACAAGGAGGACAAGGCAUUGCUCAAGAACAGCUGUUCCAAGAGGAGAAGGAUCCUACUGACCCUUCCCAGGUGAUGCCUUGGUCACAUCCAAAAGAAGGAGUCACCGUGGAGGCAGGAGAUGUGCACAGCCUAGGCUAUAGUGCUUCAGGUUCAUCUGCUCAGCCCAGCAUUCCCCUUCAUAGGGCCUGUCACCCUGUAAUAUCUGCUGCUUCUUCAUCUGUGCUUUAUUCUCCUGAUCAUGUGCAGAAAACUAACCAAUGUCUCCAAAUCCCACUGACUUCAGAAGGAGCUGAAAGUAAUGAAGAGACCUACAGGCCAGAAUUUCCCAGCACAAAAGGACUUGUCCGCUCUCUAGCAGAACAGUUCCAGAAGAUGCAGAGUGCUUCCAUGAGGGAUGCUACAGGUUCCCAGAAUCGAAGUUUGCCAAGUAGUCUACAGAAGAACCUUUCCCCUUCUGAUUUGAAGCCUUCUUUCCAACAAGGUCAAGGAAAAGACCACUGUCCUUGGGUAAAACAGAAGUCCUCUCUGGAUAGUAGGGACAGACUUCCUUCUUGGGAAGAGCCUGCUGACCAUCUUUCUCUUGCCAUGAAAACUGGGGUGCCUAAUGGUGAAACCUCUAGGGGAGGACAGCCCAGGUUGGCAGAGCUAGCUAUACACCAAGGGAAGCUAGCUCAAAUGAGAGAUGUUAGAUCUAAGGAGCUUGAUAGCAAUAUCAACUUGGGGACUUGUUUGCCUUUGGAUUCCUGGGUGAAUGUUACAAGGCUCUGUGAUUCUCAGCUUCAACAUGGGCUCCCUGGUCCAGGAGUGAAGUCCUACCCCCAUGACUCCCAUACCUGUGUAACCUAUCCAGAGAAAAAUCACCUCCUUCUGCAUCCACACUGGAACCAAGAUACAGAGCAGGAGACCUCAGAAUUGGAGUCUCUCUACCAGGCCAGUCUACAGGCUUCUCAAGCUGGCAGUUCUGGAUGGGAGCAGCAGGAUGUGACUUGGCAUUCACUUAGCCAAAAAGAUGGCAUGGGGAGGAGACUGCACUCAGCACCUGGUCUUGAUCUUUCAAAGACCCCAACAGCAGAAAUGGAGCAUUUUCUCCAUGAAGUGAGCACAGUGCCUGCAUCACAGGCUACAGCUUGCCAAGGCCUUGGCAGGGAAUAUGGUGAGGAUGAACAGUACAGUGCAGAGAACUUUCGCCGCAUCUCACGCAGCCUCAGUGCCACCAUUAUCUCAGAGAGGGAGGAGGUUCCAGUCACUUGCCAGAGUUUUGAUUCAUCACACGUGAGGAAAAAGCCUUUGGAAACCGAGCAUCGUUGUUCCAGCUCCUCUUCCCUCCCUGUCAUCCAUGACCCUCCCAUAUUUCUCCUUGAUUCCCAAGUCUACCCUUCCCAACCACAGUUCCUGUCCCCAGAUGUCCUGAUGCCCAGCGUGGCAGGGGAACCCUGUAGAACCCCAGGAACAUCAAGGAGUGUCCAGCAGUUUCUGGCUCUGUGUGACAGGGGUGAAACUUCCCAAGGGAUCAAGUACACAGGAAGGACUUUGAACUACCGGAGUCUCCCUCACCGUUCCAGAAUUGAUGCCUUCUGGGAACCCUGGUCAGAGACCCACCAACACUUUGGGGCCAGAUUCCUAACUACUGCAGGAAGCAAACCUCAGCCAACCCACACUACCACACUACCAGAAAGAAGUCAGGGUCUUCAGGUUCCUCCUGCUCAGGCUGAAGGGGAUCUUUUUCAUUCACCCUCUCAUCUACCCAUUGUUCACCCUAUGUCCCCAUCACCCAGCAGUCUUCAUUUACCCCUGAGGUCAGCUUGGAAUUCAGGUCCUAUUCCAGGGUCCCGAACACCUGGUCCUCGAAGAGUAGAUAUACCCCCAGAUGAUGACUGGAGGCAAUGCACUUAUACUUCCCAAUCUAGGAACAGGAAGGCAGAGGAAGAAAGGUUGUUGUGUGUUCUAGCAGAGGUUCUUGGAAGAGAGCAGAACAAAACUAGAGUCCUGCAGCAUAGUAGCUGGUGGUAAGGGUCAUCCCAUUUGUCUCCUGGAGCCACACUCUUCUCUGUAAAACAUAACUGGCAGAGUUGCUUAUGCUGCAUCUCUGCCAUAGUUGUACUAUUCUCAUCUCAACACAGAAUUGGCAGUUUCUCCCUGGGGCACCAGGAGCCUCUAAAGAGACCUGGUCCUUUGAGAGGGAAUAUUUGAAAUUCCAACUUUAAUUCCCAUACUAAAUUGAAGCAGCUGCCAUUUUGUAUUUGAGCCACUUUAAAGUUGAAUCCAUUAUAUUGUUCUUGAUACUAGUCAUUAGUGUCUUAUGGUCAUUUCUGGAUAGUAAUACCCCACCUCUACCUGAGGUCCAUUCUUUGGUCUCUACUAUCUUCCCAACUUACACACUUAAAAAAAAAAAUCUGCCUAACCCUAUUAUCUGACCCUCUUCCCCAUUUCCCAUCCUAAAAGGUACACGUAGCCUUGUGGUCAUGGUGAUGACCAUGACCACAUAAUUCAGGGCAGCACAUCUGCCCAGGUAUUAUGGGCCUGUCAGCCUUCCCUGUGCCCUACACCAUAGGCCUAGAAUAUGGAACUGCCAACAUAACAUUUGCCCUUCUAAACAGAUAUAGUCUGGCACAUUAACAUAUCCUCUUGUCUUCAGCAGCAGAACCAUUACUGCCACUUGCUCAUUCACCAUUGUAAAUCCUCAGAGUCUGCUGCACUAUUUUAGGGCAAAACAUACUUUUUGUAAAGUAUUUUUCAUUAAUAAAUCUAUAUGAUAGUUCUAUU